AUGAAAACGAAAACCCGGACGGCCCAGCGCCCAAGUCUAAGGAAGAGAAGAGCAAAGUGCUGAAGACUUACUACUUACAGAACGCCCGGCCCUCCAGACAGGUCAUUGAGAAGAUCGCCUCAGAGCUGGGGAACGAACCCUCCACCAUCCGCACCUGGUUCAGGCACCAGCGGAGUCGCGACAAGCGGAAAGUAGGAGGAGGAGGUCAAGGUCACUGUGAUUCCAUGGACGACAGUGACGUCAUGAACCGGGUACACCCGCCCCCUGGCGGUUAUCCGCUGCCCAUUGUCAAUAAAGCCAGAUCUCCGGGGCGUCUGCCUCACCCUGCCAAUCACCUGGUAAGCCCCACCCACAUUCCAUCCCCCAACUCAGCAAACCCCGCCCCCUGGACGGUGUGGGACGAGCUGUGGUCCAACGACUUCGUCCCUCCCAACGUGGACCUCCACCCGGACCACCUCAAGAAUGGGGAAGUCGUGCAGUUUACUUGUGCUGCGGCAGCAGCAGGCAGUAGCGGUAGCAGCAGCAGCAAUAGCAGCAGCACCCCCACCGGGACUCAGCAACAACAAAAUAAUAUCUCCAGCCGGCCAACAGCAACGGUAGCAGCUGUCAACGUCGCCGUUUUCUCCGCGUCCAGUCAGACCCCCGCCAGUUUUCUGGAUCAGGCUCCGGGGCAACAACAAACUAUUCCACCUCAACACCAGCAGCAGCAGCAGCAGCAGCAGCAACAACAUCAGCAGCAACAACAACAUCAACAGCAGCAACAACAUCAGCAGCAACAACAACAUCAACAGCAGCAACAUCUACUUCAUCCACAUUCAGGAGUUAUAAACAACAUGGCCGGGGCCCCGUGGGUGAACUAGCUGUGGUAAGAUUUUUGUUUUGGUCAGAGUUUUACAGCACUUCACUAAACUAGAAUUGAAGAGUGAUUUUCCAGUACUCUGUCGUAAGUCAGUUUUGACGAGCGCCUGAUUUCACCACAAUGCUAAACACAUGUACAUACAUAAUACAAAUAUAUGUGUUAAGCAUCGUGAUGAAAAUGAGGCGCUCGUCAAAACUGACUUAGAGAGUUUUGGAAAACCACUCUUCAAUAACAAAACUCUAUCCGCGCAGUAAGCCCACCUAGUUUUGAGAAGAUUGACAUAAAAAUUUUGAGUUUCACAACAUGACAAGCUUUUUCGAAGGCAAUUCUCUGAAUAUCUAGAUUACGAAUCCAAACAAUCUUACGAUUUUGAUAGAGCAGCUAGAACUUUGGGUUUCGGACCUCCUGGUCUUAGUAGUAAGUUAGUAGUAGUACCCGGUAACUCAAAACGGCCAAAGAUGUCAGAUAGAACUUUGUAAUUCUAGGGAGCGACAUGUUUGCAACACAAAUUAGGUAAUAUUAUAUUGCACUACCGAUGAUUAGAGGUAGAUGUUACCAGAGAGUAAUACAUGCAAUAGUAAAUACCGGACAAAAAAAAGCCCAAAAAGAUCCUUGAUAGGAGAGAAGGAGCAAACCACACUUAAGCACCCACCAACCAUCCACACAGAAUUAGUUAAUGUCCACGUAGGUAGGACACUAACUAAGCGGACGGACACACAUACACACAC